UCAGUGGUAUCACUUUCGUUAUUUCGUUUUUUAAUAAUAAGGUGAUCUUCAGAGGUUCUUAAACAAAUCGCCAUGGAGUUGUUCCCAUUAAAACUCUAUAAAAUCAGCAGAUUUUUCUUUUUCGUCAUAAUUGUUGUUCAAGGAUUUCUGUUGUCGAAGUAUUUGGUUGAUCACGAACAAAGUGAGAAUUUGUUCGGCGUAGCUGUUGGUUUCAUAGUCAUAUCGUUAUUCAGUUGGGUUGGAGCACUCUCUUACGGAGGUCUGAAGAAGCGUUUAGGUCUCGUCUGGUUGUUUUACAUACUUGCGCUGGUAACAAUGAUGGGAUGGAUCUAUGGACUAGUUCUAAUAGAUCAUAACAAAUUGCGAGAAGAAGAAAUCUACACAAGUAGUAUCUGCAACGACUCUGCGAAAAGUUCAAUGUAUUCUAAUCAUUCUGAGUCCUUUUUUGACUCAAAGUUUCUGAAAAUAACGUUAUGUUUAACGCCAGGGGAAAUGGUGCUCUUGUUAACUUCAGUCACUGAUAAAAGCGGGGCACUCGAGUUCCUCCAUUUAACAACAGUUUUGGAUCUUUUUGAUGGCAUUGAGAUGAUAGAGGUUCUACACGAAGACGUCUGUGAUAAAAUACCUGAAGGAUGGGAAGUUGCUGUUCUCAUCGCAGCUUUGCUGUUCUUUUUGUUCUCCCCAUUUGAAAUAAGUCAAAUAAAAUUCGUGAAAAAUGAAUCGAACGAGAAUGAAGAUGAACCGAAACCUUGCAAGAAAACAAUGAAAGUCAAUACAGUCUGUCAAAUUGUAUUAAAUUUUGCUUUUCUCGUUAUUCGUCUGGUUUUGUGGCUCAAGUACGAUUUUGAUUCCGCUGUAUUUAUUGCCAAAAAUUUCAUCAGCCUUGCCAUUGCGUUGGUUUCAGUUUUCGAAAAACUCGGUUUCAUAACUACAGAGGAAGAUGAAGUGAACUCUUGAGCUCUG